GUCCACAUGCUCUUUUUUUCCCUCUCUUCUCUCUCUUCCUUCUAUAUAUUGCGGUCUCAUCGCCGACGACCACUUUCCGGCGACCGUGGGAUCGUUUGGCCGGAGAGCACUUUCCCCCUCCUCCUUCUCCACCAUUUUCUCUUGAACCUCUUCACCACUACGUGAUCUCUGCACUGAAGAAUUAGAAGGCAUGGAUGGGUUGGGACUAAGAAACGUGAGCUCACAUUGUUCAAUCUCUGAUAUGGAUGACUUUGACCUCUCUAAGCUGCUUGACAAACCCAAGCUCAACAUUGAGAGGCAAAGAUCUUUCGAUGAGAGGUCGCUUAGCGAGCUGUCGAUUGGUCUUUCCAGGGCUGGACUGGACAACUUCGAGAGCAGCUACUCACCUGGUGGAAGAUCCGGUUUUGAUACUCCAGUUUCCUCUACUCGCACCUCGUUUGAGCCCCAUCCAAUGGUUGCUGAAGCAUGGGAAGCUCUCAGACGUUCUUUGGUGUACUUCCGGAACCAGCCGGUGGGCACAAUUGCUGCUUAUGAUCAUGCUUCCGAGGAAGUGUUAAACUAUGAUCAGGUUUUUGUACGAGAUUUUGUACCAAGUGCACUGGCCUUCCUGAUGAAUGGUGAACCUGAUAUAGUAAAGAACUUCCUCUUGAAGACACUGCAGCUUCAAGGGUGGGAAAAAAGAAUAGACCGGUUCAAGCUGGGAGAAGGUGCAAUGCCGGCUAGCUUUAAAGUUCUUCAUGACCCUAUUAGGAAAACAGAUAGCAUUGUUGCAGAUUUUGGUGAGAGUGCCAUUGGAAGAGUUGCUCCUGUUGACUCCGGUUUUUGGUGGAUUAUUUUGCUCCGAGCAUAUACAAAGUCUACAGGGGAUCUAUCUCUGGCAGAAACACCAGAUUGUCAAAAGGGAAUGAGGCUUAUAUUGACUUUAUGUCUGUCAGAGGGUUUUGAUACGUUCCCAACAUUGCUUUGUGCAGAUGGAUGCUCUAUGAUUGAUCGAAGAAUGGGUAUUUAUGGUUAUCCUAUCGAAAUUCAAGCUCUUUUCUUUAUGGCAUUGAGAUGUGCUUUGACAAUGUUGAAACAUGAUGCCGAAGGGAAAGAAUGUAUAGAGCGAAUUGUGAAGCGUUUGCAUGCCUUAAGUUAUCAUAUGCGAGGUUACUUUUGGCUUGACUUUCAGCAACUAAAUGACAUAUACCGUUACAAGACAGAGGAGUACUCACAUACAGCUGUAAAUAAGUUUAACGUUAUUCCCGACUCAAUCCCAGAAUGGGUAUUUGAUUUUAUGCCAACACGAGGUGGCUACUUUAUUGGCAAUGUCAGUCCUGCAAGGAUGGAUUUUCGUUGGUUUGCUUUAGGUAACUGUGUUGCUAUCCUAUCAUCUCUUGCCACACCGGAGCAAUCAAUGGCUAUCAUGGAUCUUAUUGAGUCUCGCUGGGAAGAGUUGGUUGGAGAAAUGCCUAUAAAGAUAGCAUAUCCAGCAAUAGAAAGUCAUGAGUGGCGAAUUGUAACUGGUUGUGAUCCCAAGAAUACUAGAUGGAGUUAUCACAAUGGAGGAUCCUGGCCAGUUCUUUUGUGGCUUCUUACGGCUGCUUGCAUUAAGACGGGACGACCACAAAUUGCAAGACGAGCAAUUGAGCUUGCCGAGAGUCGUCUACUGAAGGAUAGCUGGCCUGAAUAUUAUGACGGGAAACUUGGUAGAUAUAUUGGUAAGCAGGCAAGAAAAUACCAGACGUGGUCAAUUGCAGGGUAUUUAGUGGCAAAAAUGAUGCUAGAGGAUCCUUCGCACCUAGGGAUGAUUUCGUUAGAAGAGGACAAGCAGAUGAAACCGGUUAUUAAAAGAUCAGCAUCUUGGACUUGCUGAAAAACUUAGAAGAAGCAAGUGAAAAAUUAUCAUCGAAGAAAUAGAGAAAAACAAAAACAAAAAGGUGAGAAAUCUUGUUGUUUCAAUACGACACGACAUUAUUCUUUUGGCUGUUUGUCUCUUGUAGGUUUGUAAGCUUGGUUUUGUGUAACAAUAGCAUCUGCUGAGACUAGCUUUUGCUUAUCAAAUAAAAAAGAUACGUUUGGCAAUUUCUGUUUGAAAGUUUAUAAUAUGGCAUUCCGCAAAUGCCAGAUAUGGUCCCUUGCCAUGGUAAAAUGGUUAAUCAAAGAGACAAGUCUUUGUUUGUUAGGGAAGAGACUUUGCUUUUUAUUAAAAAUAUUGGACAUUUUUGGGUUAA